AUGCGGCCAAAAUCUCUAUUCAAUAAAAUGAAGAGCCCGCUUCUGGCAUUUGCGACACUAGCGUGCCUCUGGUUUUCAAUACUCAUCAUAUUGUUCAGUUUGGUACUCCUCCAUUUGCCGAGUGUAUCCUGUACUUCUAUAGGCGGACCGCGGUUUUGUGUUCCUCAGUACAAAAUCCAGUUUUUGGAAGUUCCAGAUGGCGAUCAAGAUCUUCUGCUUGGAGCCAAAGAUUUGCUGACGCUGCUAUCUUACGUUGCAGUAGAUCUAAACUCAAAAAUAAGGCCUGCAGUUCCGACUGACUAUGAUGACGUUAACCUCGUCAACACCUUCAACCCUUCUAACACCUUCAAAAUCAACCAUUUGGGCUAUUGCAAAGAACAGCCGGGCGUGAAGAAAAUUCCAAGCUACUGUAGCGAUAAUGGCAAUGGGCUUGAGCUAAUUUCAAUGCUGGUCAGAGACGUUGGCGUUCAAUUUGGAAUUACAUCUUCCAAGAAUCCUCGAAUCAUGGGAGAUUCAUUUGUGUACGCGUUCAAAUUAGGACUACGUACCUUAGUGGAGUCCCGUAGAGGAAAUCCAAAAUCCGGGAGCGCUUUCUCAAAAUAUAUCCCUAGCGAGUCAAGUUCACCGCCCUUGGAAGGUGAUCCAGAAAGCUUUAGCCGGUGGAGCGGAGUUGCAGGAUUCUUGUUGCUCAUGCAAAAAUUCUGUUGGUCGAUGAGCUUGAUCAACCUAGUGGAAUUCUCAAUGUGCAUUCUCGUUAUUGUUUCCACCAUAAUAAUGGCUCCUGCAGCUCUCACGGGGAGAAAAUCUAGCAACUGGCAUAUGGUCGAUGAAUUUGGAUGUCUUGUCCUCAAAAUAAUUCCAAUGCUAACAGUAAUUGUUAGUUUUCUCGGGGUUUUCUCCUCCAGCCUGUUUCACGCGACGUUAAUUAAGUCAUCUGCAACAUACGGACUUUCGCACAGAUAUUAUGAGCUCCAGAUUGGAAGUGGGUUUUACUUGAGUAUUGUUAGACUGAUCCUUGAGUGUGUUUUGCUCUGGCAGAUCUUGAAAUUUAACAAACAUAUAAAGAAGGUGGAACAUACCUCAGGACUAAGCCCCGCGGUGGUUGAGAACUGGCAUAAGGAUCUAGAAACGGAUUCGGUGUUGUCCUCAGGUAUCACCGUUUAG